UGGUAAAUCAUUUCAAACACCAUGGCUCGCUUUCUCCUUUCAUUUGUCUUUGCUUCUCUCUUAGCCCUAGCUACAGUCCAUGAAACUCAAGCUAUUGAGUACAUCGUUGAGAACCGGGCUCUCAGCACCCCUGGUGGAGUCCGUUUUAGAGACGAGCUGGGCGUGGACUACACCAAGCAAAGAAUGAGAGACGCGACUGAUUUCAUCUGGAACCUCUUUAAGGAAACUACAGCUGCAGAGAGAAGGGACACGCCGCGCAUAAGCUUGUUCGUCGAAGACAGAGAAGGCAUUGCGGUUUCGAGCGGUGACAUUAUUCAUGUUUCAGCCAAGUACAUCCAGGACCUACCGGCAGCAAAUCUCAAAAACGACUUCAAUUGGGUACUUUACCAUGAGAUCACACACUCAUUGCAGAGGAAUGGAAAAGGUCAGGCUCCUACCGGAGUGGUAGAAGGGAUUGCUGAGUUUGUGACCUUGAAGUCUGGUUUUAUACCCCCCUCGUUUGCAAAACCUGGUGAUGGUAACAGUUGGGACGAGGGUUACAGCGUAACUGCACGGUUCCUGGAUUACUGCAAUGGUCUUAAAGACGGGUUUGUGGCAGAACUUAACAAGAAGAUGAUAGAUGGUUACAGUAACGAUUUCUUUAACCAGUUGCUCGGGAAGACAGUCGAUCAGCUGUGGACUGAAUAUAAAGCCAAAUAUGCAAACUAAGGGUAUUUCAUAUUAGUUGAUAACAUAUGUGAAUAAGAGCUAGGUCGUGUAUUAAGAAGGCGAAUAAGUGAUAGGGCAACAGGUUAAUUAUAUAUGACAUGUAUGUCCACUCAGUAUUCAUCUAAUGCAAUUGUUUAGUGUACUGACUAUUAAAUAAAAUGCUUCUCUAAAUAGUGAAGUCUUUUGGUGUAAUGAAUCUGAACUGUGGUGUGAGUUAAAUUUCUUUGUCAUAACAGAAAGAUGCAAGUUUAAUAGGUCUAAAUUUUGACCACAUUUCAUA